AUGCAUCUCAUCUGGGAAAACCUUAUGAAAAACCUGGUUCUUCUUUGGACCAGGGAGUUCAAAGGGCUUGACGAAGGAAUGGGUUGUUACGUUCUCGAUAAGUCUGUGUGGGAAGCCAUCGGUAAGGCAACAGCUGCAUCAGGAUCUACCAUUCCAUCUGCAUAUGGUCCCAGGGUGCCCAACAUGUCAACAGACCACUCCAACAUGUCAGCAGAGAUGUGGUCAUUUUGGAGUCUGUAUCUCAGACCGGUUCUUCUCCAACGAUGCUUCAAGGAUGCCAAAUACUUCAAGCAUUUUGUUCAUCUUGUCAUGCUGUUAAAUCUCUGCCUGCAGUUUGAAAUCAGCACGGCAGAAAUUCAGCAAACUGAACAUGUAUCUGAUAGGCUGUAUUAUCAAUAUGAUCCAGCACGCAUCUCCACUUGUCCUGUCACUAUCCAUGCCCUCCUUCAUAUUGCCGACAGCAUUGAGACGAUGGGACCAGUCUGGUGUUAUUGGGCUUUUCCAAUGGAGUGGUAUUGUGGCAAACUUCAACCUUCCAUUCAGAGCCAUCGUUUUCCAUAUCACUCGCUUGACCACUUCAUUUUAGAGUCUGCGCAGCUCACUCAACUGCAAAUCCUCUAUAAGCUUCAUGAUGAAUUGGCUCUUCGGCCAUCUCACAGAGGCAAGAUUCUUGGAUCAUUUCAAAGUGAAUCUUGUAAACUUUCCAUAGAUCCCACCUGCAUGCUUCUUCCUCCGAGAUCACCAAUUUGCCCUGAUGAAAAGCUGUUAUCCACUUCUGUUAGUCCAGCUUUGAAGACACGUUUCAUGCGUGUUGAUCUCAAAGUGAUUCGCAAACACCUGAAGGCUGCAUUUGUUGAGGAGUGGGGGACUGUUCGACAUAUUGACUCUGAAGAAGGUGAUACAAUGCAUGCAUCAUCUAUGUAUAAACAUGGUGAAGACCACCGUGAUCCUACAUUUGUCCGGUACCAGAUGUAUGUGGACAAGUUCGCCAACCAACGCCGGCAUGCUGAAGAGCUUGAGCUUAAGACAUUUUAUGGCCGGCUCGAGCGUAUUAUUUACAUUCACUUUCGGGCAUCAGCACAUCAAGAUCUCCACAUACAGAAUGAUGCUGAUGCCCACAUUAUUCUGGCAGUCAUCCGCAAUACAGUUGUAGAUGAGUCAUUGCGCGAGCUACUCAAGUUGGAUAUCCAUUUCUCAUCACAUGAGGGAAAGUUGGAUGUGAUAGAUAUUACUAGUGUGCAAUGCCUUAUUGGCAGAGUCUUUGAUGGGGACCAUUGUGCGCUCAUUGACCAUAGUGGUUCCCUGGCUUGUGCCAUUCAUGUAGAUGAUAGUGAUAUUAUAGGAGAUGAAUAG